CCGAAUCAAGGGUUGACAGAAUAAACGAGAGUGUAACGGACCCCCAGCCCUUCCUCGCCAUGCAACGAGCCUGUCUCCCUGCCUAGGACCGACUUCGCCGCCGCCAGGUUGAAACGUGGACAGUUUUCCACCUGUUGGUGUCGCGCGGAAUACAUUAUCUGCCAUAUGUGCACGUCAUGUCGCCCGUUCUCACGCUGUGCGCCAUGGCUGCCCCUGUCUCACCCACCGGCUGCAGCUUGCUGUGUUUGCUGCUGCUCUCCAGUAACUUUGUGCUGCUGGGCGGAGAAAAGGUUUUAGGGGAGGAAAAUGAAGACUUCGACUUCGAUGGCCUCCCAGGGGUGCAGCACGAGUUCAAAGUUGAGAUUCCGGCUGGAAAAGAAGAUUGCUUCUUUCAGAGAGCUGCUAUAGGGGCCAAGCUACACGUGUCCUUUGAGGUUUUGAGAGGAGGUGACCGGAAUGUUGAUGUGAUCGUCAGAGACUCCCAUUGGAACAUCAUCAACGCUCAUUACUGGAAACAAAGCGGUGUCAUUGAAGUCGAUAUACCCAGAGAAGAUACUUUCGCUGUGUGCGUUGACAACUCCUUCAGCCGCUUCGCAGGAAAGCUGGUCUACCUAUAUAUCGUAUCGUUCGUUAUGAGCGACUGGACACGAUACGUACAAGAGAUCGGAGAGAUUCAUGGUAUCGCAGAAAAUUUUACGAGGUCGCUGAGUAUAGUCGAGAUGUCUGUCCAAGAAAUGAAGAAAUCACAGUCUCAGACACGUUUCAGCGUGGUGAGGGACUGGUACCUCAUCUGGAACAACAACAGCUACGUUCAGCACUGGUCCAUAGCACAGUGUGUUGUCAUCAUCGUGGCUUCCAUCGUCCAAGUCGUUUGUGUGCGUAGGCUGUUCCGGACAAAUGCAUACACUCCCACUGCCAAGCCGCGGGCGUGACCUUUUGAGAGGUUCAGAAAAUAUGUUUGAAGCAACUGGUCGAGUAACUGUAACUAGUCUGUCUGCAUGUAUGGAAGUUAAAGUUUAUUAAAGUAAAUUAUAAUUUUA